GGAAUUGGGGGCUCCCUACUCUGAUCUUGCAUUGUUGACAAUGGCGUUCUUCCAUGCGCGACGCGCCUUAGCUUCUUCACUCCUGCGAGCUCUUUCUUCUUCUUCUUCUUCGUCUUCUUUUUCUUCGAUGGCUUCUUCUCGCUCUCGCAUCGCAUUUGCCGUACUCCCCAAACAAACCCCACUGCUUCCGCAUUCCCUGAAAUUCCCAAUCCGUUUCCAAGCGUCGGUGUCUGAAUCGGAAGAAUCGCCCGCUAACGACAAGUCUGAGGAAUCUGAGGACCCUAAGGAACCCAAGGACACCAAGGACUCUGAGAACUCUAGCAAGAAGAGUGCGGCGCCCAAGGACACCAUUCUUCUUGAGGGCUGCGACUUGAAGCACUGGCUUAUUAUCAUGGAUUUUACGCAAUCGCCAAAACCGUCUGAGGAGGAAAUGGUAAAUACCUAUGUCAAAACCCUCGCCGAAGUUGUUGGAAGUGAGGAGGAAGCCAAGAAGAAAAUAUACUCUGUUGCUACUAUUCCAUAUACAGGUUUUGGUGCCGAGAUCUCCGAAGAGCUUUCAACAAAAGCUAAAGGGUUACCUGGUGUUCUUUGGGUAUUGCCGGAUUCAUAUAUGGAUAUCCGCAACAAAGAUUAUGGAGGUGACUUAUUUGUUGAUGGGAAAGUAAUCCCUAGGCCACAGUUUAGAUUUCAGAAGCCUGAAAACAAACAACCAAAUGAAGGUGAGAAUGAUAGGUACAAGGGAAGACAACCACGGGGUAGAUCACGGGAUGAAGGAAACAUGGCUACUUUAAGGCACAGCAACAGAAACCAGGGUCGGAGACCAUGAACAACUAUGACUCAGCUUCAAGUAGUGAAGAGAUGGAAUAGAAUUUGAAGCUUGCUACCAUUUACGCAUUAAAGCCAACUUUUAUGAUAGAACAAAUUAAGGACCUUAGAUCUUUAUUUUUCUUCUGAUCUUCCUUGGUGAAUUGACUAGAGCUGCUUUUGAACUGCGUUUAAUGGGGAUAUUAACUAGCGUUAUUGCUAACUAUGCAUUCCUGAUGAACUGUAUGCAAAAAAUCAUUGUGCUCUAUCUCAUUUAUGUUUUGACCUGCGAUUUAGAUCAUUAUUCUUGAAACUUCAAACAAAUAUGUGCAUAUUAUGCCCUU